AUGACAGAGAGCGUUGACUGGUUACAGAGCCAAAGUGGAUUGUGUAAAAUUGAUCGUUAUACUCCUAGUGAUGAGGAAGAACAGAAUUGGAUGACUGACUCAGCAAAACUUUUCCAGCAAACGUCUUCUGAUCCACUCAAAGUCUUGAGCUGGCUCCGAAAAGAUCUGGAAAAGUGUGCAAUUGGAGUGCAGAAUGUGCUGAAUGCCAGCAACAAUGCAGGAGGUGCAAGCUCAAGGGAGCCGUCUGUGGGGAGGCAAAGCAUGCCACAGCGCAAUGUUCAUUCUCCUGGUGGUUACAGUGUCUGCGAUGAGGAAUUCAGUGUGAACAUCAGCUCUAAUAGGGGCUCUCCCAACUUUCACUUGGCAAUGAAGGCUGCUUGUCAAAAGGAACCUAAGGAUGAAGAAAGUGAUGGUUCUACUUCACCCAACACUAAUCCUGAUCCAGAUGAAGUCUCUUUUUACUGCAAUAGGCUUUCUAACCUCGCCAUAGCGAUGGCACGCAAAGAGAUGAAUGACCGGUCAGAUGGCAACAACACAUGCAUACAUAAGUCGCUUUUUGCUGCUGCUGGGGACCAUGGCCACAGGUCUAUUGGAGUGGGUACAGAGGAUUGCAAGCCAAAUCCAUCCAGGAUGUGUGAAUGCAAGUAUGAAGAAAGUCCCAAUUCUAAGAAGAAAGCGUCACUGUAUUACAAAGAAGAAAAUACCGAAAUACCUAAUAAGAGUGAACCUUGGAGAGAUGGUACUAAAGGCUGCAACCAUAGAAAACGCUUUGGUCCAGAUGAAUACACCAACUCAUUGAGUAAAGGAAUAUUGGUUUAUGCCAAUAAUGUGGUUUCAGAUAUGAUGGUCUCUGUUAUGAAGACCAUGAAAGUUAAAGUGAAUGACUCUAACAUAGCUUGUGCUGUGUUGAAAAAGGUACUGCUGAAGCACUCCAAGGAGGUUGUGUCUGACCUGAUAGAUUCCUGCAUGAAAAACUUACAUGAUGUUACUGGAACACUCAUGACUGACUCUGACUUUGUUUCAGCAGUGAAGCGGAGCCUCUUCACCCAAGGAAGCCAAAAGGCCUCUGAAAUUGUCCAGGCCAUGCUGAAUCGGUUACACAAUGCUUUGAUUGUACAAAAACAGGUGAGUGAGAAGGGCAAGUCUCACAGCAUGGCUUUUGCAACUGUCAAGACAGGUUCAGGGAAUGAUGCAAAGACUCAGAACAUGAGGUUUUCUGCCACAAAAACAGAAUCAGUUAAAGAAAAGGAAAUGACAUGCGCAGAAACAGUUGGCAAUCACAUCAUCAAGGAGGGCCUCAGUGUUUGGCACCAGAAACAACAGAAUGACAAUGUCGGCUCAAGUGCCCCCUUAUCAAAGGCUGCCUGGAAUCCAGAAAAUCAAGACUUUUCUAACCUUUCAACAGAUUCCUGGGCAAGAGACCUGAUUGUGACAGCAUUACUGCUGAUACAGUAUCAUCUAGUCCAGCAGGAGAAUGCAGUGAAGGAUGCAGCUGAAGGUGGCAGGACCAGCAAAGCAGCUGGCACCACUUUGGGGUUUAUGUCUCAAGAAAAAGCUGGCAAUUUGCUGCAGUUUGAUUCAUUAAAACAAAGUGAUGACGAACAGUCUGAGAUGAAUGCUGAAAAUGAUAUGUCAAGUGUUGUAGUAAUGCUCAUCCAGAAGCUUAUCAAUGAGACAGUCAACAAAUUAGGCGGAAAUGCUGGGACUCCGAUGGCAGAUGAAGCAUACAGGAGUGCUUACAAAAGUCCAGAGGGACCAGGGCCACCAGGCCUUUCAGAAGUAGAUAAUUCAUAUGAAGACGCCAUAUCUGGACUAACCAAAAUGAUUUUGGAUCAGUUUGAUGUCAACAGAAAGGAAGGAGGCAGUGGGCCAUUCAUUGACAACCUAGUGGAUACAGUAACCAAGUUGUGUCUCAUGAUAGCCAAAUACAGCAAUCCUGAGUCAGGUCUUGGAGAUAUGGGAGACAGAGAAGAUGCCAGUGCCCCUAUGUAUUCAAAAGGCACAGAAACUGUGGAAAGUCGAAUAGGGUCAGGCGAAGACACUACAUCUGGCCGCAAAGUGGUUGUGACCAACCAGAAUGCUCCUGAAAACAUCCACAACAAACAACUGCAAGCCAUCCUUCAGUGGGUGGCAGCCUCUCAGUUAAAUGUCCCUGUUUUGUACUUCAUGGAUGAUGAUGAAGAGACCCUGAAUAAGCUUCAACAACUUUCCACGGUGGCUGUGGAAAGGGGCUACAGCGUGGGAGAAGUGAUGCAGGCAGUCCUGAAGUAUGAGAAGGAAAGGCAGCUGGGAGAGGCCCUGGGCAACUUUGUGCGGUUGCCAGUCCUGGACUGGCUGCUUCAGAAUCUGUGA